GUCUCGUCUAUGGUUCUGUCCACAGUGGUUUAGCCAUUGGUGUAGGAAAGUUGGUUGCCUGAUUUUCUGUUGGCUGCCCUGCUCGUAAACGGUUAUACAAUUUAAAUUUUGCAUUCAUUCGUAUGUCAAAGUAAAUAUUAGUGCGCUUAACAUGGAAGAAGUAAUUCGUUUUGAUAAAAGUUUGCAAGAAAGACUAACGGAAUUCCGAGAUUUAUUACCUGAUAACUUAACAGCUGCAAAUAAGGAAUGGUCAUUCUACUUGGAAUUAACUUUGGAUCCAAAUGGUUGGCAGGCGGUUUGGAAAAUACCAAGAACCACCUGUAAAGCAUUAAAAAUACCUUUUCCAUCUAUCAUACUCGUAUUUGUAUUGGAUGUGGACUUUAAGGAAUUAACUGCUUUAGUAAAGGUAUUAGCUGUUGAAGAUGAUGAUAUUCACAUUCACGAACAACACAGAGUGCCUUUGGUGCAAUUAUGGGUCACCAAAGAACAAGAUGAAAGUAUUGCGUUAAAUCUUCCAUCCACUGCUAAUGCAGUCGAUAUUUUGCGAUUCUUUUACACUAAAUUGCUUAUGCCGUGGGAUUUAGAUGAGCAUAAUGCUGACUGGAAAGAAAAGCAUUUGGAGCCUAGGCUAAGAUUGUAUUAUGACAUGAAGAAUGGAAUAAUUCCUAGGGCGACUGCUGAGCAUAUUGCCUCACUGUUGACUGAAGCUAGAAGGAUUCAAAAUCAACGUGAGAUUUUGGAGGAUAGUGUCAGCGACGUCGAUAAUGAGAAUGAAUUGUUUGAGAAUAAGAAUAUAGAGAAAUUGAUGGAGUUGCAUGUGAGGUUAUUGGAGAUUAAGAGUGAGUUGGAUAUUUUGGAGGAUCCUUUGCUGAGGAAAGUUAUUGUUAAAAGGCAAUCUGAGGAGGUAUCUGUAAAACAUACAUCAGAAAAAUUGGAAUUUUGGCUUGUUUACAAAAAAGGUUUAGUUGAUGAUUACCUUGGCUUCCUAAACAAAGUUAAGAGUGAUUUUGGAUCAAAUACACCCAUGACUUUUGUCUCAAACUUGGGUAACAUUUUAGAAAUAGCUAAUGUGAAUAGUACAUUUAUUUUAUGUGAGGGGAGUCAUGAAAUAAGAACCACUGGUGCUUUGGAAACAGGCGGCAGACUUAUAGGAAUUUCUGAUGGAAAUUCCACUGAGCUAUCAUCAGAAAGAGAUGAUAUUAUGUUGGAUUUCAUAGGCAAUAAUGUUGAAUUAAAAAAUAUGACAAUACAAGCUGGAAAAUCUCAGUGUGGAAUAGUCAUAAGAAAAGGAAAAGUAACAUUGGAAAAUGUUAAACUUGUUGGAGAUGGAGUUUCUUCUACACAGCAAGGGAUUAUUGUAUUAGCUGGUGCUGAGUUGGAAUUAAAAAACUGCAAAAUUGAAAAAUUUAGCACUGCUGUUGUGGGAAAUACAAAUUCUUCAAUUUUCUUAAGGAAUACUGAAAUUCAUAAUGUUAACUUUGGCUUGAAAAUUUUUGAUAAUUGUUAUGUCACUGCAGAAAAUUUUUCUUUAAAUGAUUGCAAGAAUUAUGGAAUUGUAUAUGAGACUGAAAAGAAUUUAGGAAAUAAUAAGGAAAAAAAUAAUGGAAAAUUUGAUUUGCUGCAAUUGAUUCCUCAUAUAAAAGUGGAUCACAUUACAGGAAAUAACAACAUUAAGGGGGAUGUUGUAAUUAGUCAAAAAUCAAAAAUAAAUCCCAUAAGAGAUCUUUUUGCAAAUCCAGAAUUUGAUUGCACAAUUUGUGAAGAAGGUGAUUCGGAAAUGAGUGAUAAUUUUAAUGUCACUGUUGUUGAGAAUAACAUUUCUCCAGUUCUUUAAGUUUCAAAUUUUUAUUUUAAAAAAUAUUAUAUAUUUUUGCAUUUUGGAAUUUGUUUUAUUUACAAAUAAAAAGUUUUUUAUUAUA